CACAGCAGGACUCAGGAGCCGCUGUGGGACUGGAAGGAGCUCGGGACAAGUGACUGUUGAUGUGGGGAGUCCGGAGGCUGCGGCAUGUGUACUAGACGGCGGCACCUGCCACUGGACUGAGCCGUGCGGGGAUUACUGCGGGACCUGGAGCUGCCGAACACACUGCCAGUUGCAGAGAUGGAGCUGAGCCAAACAGAAGUGCCUCUCUAUGGUCAGAUGACUGUAUUUGCACAGUUUGGUGAAGAUUUCCAUCUCCCAGAAGAUGCCGAGUUUUACUUUGUUUACAGUGGGUCCAGUCACAGGCAUGUUUCGUUUGCUGAACGCCUCAGUGCUAAAUCUCUGCGAUCCAUUUUCCCAGGUCACAAUUGUGCAGAGUCACUAAGUGUGACCGUGUGUAUGCACACCCACGGCUAUUCUCCGGUGAUUGUGGCUUGUACAUCUAUCUCUUAUGUGAGGGAUAAAGCAUGCAGCGUCUCGCACUCCCUGAAAAGCCAUUGCGAUCGCCUAACUUCUUCCUGCCAUCAGACCAUACUUGAACAGUUGGAUGUGACUCUCCAGGACCUCAAAUUGCUAGACCGGAACAUGAUGCUGUGCUUGGCGCAUGAGGACUUAACUCCCUCUUGGAAUAUUUUGGGAUCAUAUUCUCAGUCUGACAGCCUUUGCCAUGAAACCCUGCUUCAUCUUACAGUGAGAUGGGGAUUGACAGAGCUAUCACAGUACCUCCUGCAUCUUCCUGGUGGGACAUCUGCACUAAGUAGAGUGAACAAAGAAGGGGAGACCCCUGUAGAGGUUGCUAUACGUCACGGUCACACGAAAUUGGUCCAGGUUUUAAAGAAUUUUCAGGAGCUUCCUCCCCUUGACUUCUGCACCGCUACAAUCAAUCAGGAUUCUUUUUUACGUUUUUGUUGGUCCUCUGGAGUGCUGACAUUAACCCGGCGUCAGUCUUCUGACCACUCGCUGGAGGCGGACAUUCAGCUCUUCAGAAAAUGCUUGUGUGAUAUCAACUUCUUCGACAAGAUUGUAAGCCCCAUGCACCCCUGGAGUUACAAAAAACAGGCAUCACUAGAUGGAUUCACUACAGGAGGAGAAAAAAGACAUUCAUCAGUAGAUGUUCUCAAGAGGAUAAGAUACCCCCCCACCAUGCUAGCUGCGACCAGACUCUCCACCAUGCUCAAUGGGAAUGAUGAGGUGUAUGUCAACUCCAUGGUAGUAGAUGAGGUUAAUGAUUCAGAUGUCAAUUUCAUUCACUUGAAUGCUGGCACGGAUGUUUCAUAUAAUGACCAGUCUGACUCCACCCAAACAUCAGAGAGCUCUCUAAGAGACAGCAGUCUCUCAGCAUGCACCUCUCCUGAGAUGGUGAGCGAAGACUCCUACAGGUUACCUUCAAGACACUUACCUGGAGGACAGAAUCGGUUAUGCAGGACGCUAGGGUAUGGCACUGACAGGGAUGAAGCUUAUUCAAGUGUCAAGAAAAGAAGUUCUAGCUUGGAUGGUCUUGAUGCUGACAGUGAAAGUGAGGGGACAUAUAGCAGAUAUCAAAGUGCCGAUUCUCCAUCUAAGGAGGAUUCGUCUGGUUUUCUUGGGAACAGCGCUGAUGAGCUGGACUCUUCUGAGACGAGCAAUGAGAGGGAUUUUCAGAAUCGGCAAGCAGGGACUUUACCCCUUCUUCAGAGUAAGGAUCCAUUAUCUUCUGGUCUAAGAUUCCGCUCAUACUCUUAUUCCUCUCCCAAAAAUUUUCUUGGAAAGCCUCGCCUGGCACGUGACCUUUCUAUCGGAGAACCUGGGGAUGAUGGUGUGUUCAGCGUCAGUGGUCGUUCACUUCUUCAGUCACUUUCAUUGUCUAAAUCAGUGUCUCUGCUUCACCCCGGUAAGCGGGCGUACAGCCUUCCUGACCAGUCGAGAGAAAAAAGAAUUGAAGAGGAAGAAUGGGAUAGGUAUAUGGCCCCUGCAAAACCGGAAUGUGAGAAGAACAAAGUGAGUCGCACUUUCAGCUUCCUGCGAAACAGGAUGUCUAGUUCCCGGAACAAAAACAAGGCCAAAAACAAAGAAACAAAGGAGAAGGCGAACAGACAUCAGUUUGUAGCAGGGACCUUCUCAGGUGUGGUUCCAUGUUUGGUUUGUGAAAAGGCCCUCCUGGGAAAAGAUUCAUUACAAUGCUCCAAUUGCAAUGUGAAUGUACAUAAAGCCUGCAAAGAUGCUGCUCCCGCAUGUUCAAAGAAGUUUCAGGACCGAUAUAACCCAAAGUAUAAACAGCCUGCUGUCAUUUCAAAUUCAUCAUUCAAGGACACCCCACAACCUGUUCUCUCAACAUCCCCUCCCUCCACAUCACUGUCUCUGGGGAAAUCCAGUGCACCCUGCCGAGUUGUGCCUGUAUCAGGUAUAGACAGGAGGUCGGACCAGUCAUUGGAAUCUGAUGGGGAUACAAGUGGCUCUCGGUCCAGAUCACAGUCAGAAGAGCUACUGCAAUCAGUCGGAACCCCUCCAUCAAUGGAUACUUUCCCCAUUGAAGAUGUCGUGGACUCGGCCCUGUGGAGCGAUUUCAGUAGCGACGCUCUGGAAUUUGAAGCAGAGUCUUGGAGCUCGGUCGUGGAAUCGUCUUUCUGUCAUAAGCAAGAAAAAAAUGUCAUCAAAAGACAGGACGUUAUUUUCGAACUCAUGCAGACGGAACUGCAUCAUAUCCAGACCCUUUUCAUUAUGUCUGAAAUCUUCAGGAAAGGGAUGAAGGAGGAGCUGCAGCUGGACCACAGCACUGUGGAUAAAAUCUUCCCUUGUCUGGAUGAGCUGCUGGAAAGCCAUAAGUUUUUCUUUUAUAACCUACGAGAGAGGAAACAGGAGUCCAGGGAGGGAAACGACAGGAACUUUGUGAUCCACAGAAUUGGGGACAUCCUCGUGCAGCAGUUCUCUGCAGAGAAUGCUGAGAAAAUGAAGAGGAUUUAUGGAGAAUUCUGUAGUCAUCACAUCGAAGCCGUGAAUUUGUUCAAAGAACUUCAACAAAACAAAAAAUUCCAGAAUUUCCUAAAAGUGACAAACAGUAACCUGCAGGCUCGUCGCAGAGGAAUCCCAGAAUGCAUCCUGCUCGUCACACAGCGAAUCACUAAGUAUCCAGUACUUGUGGAGAGAAUACUACGAUAUACACCCGAGGGCACUGAGGAACACAAGGACCUUUGCCGAGCCCUCAGCCUAAUUAAAGACAUGGUCACUGCUGUGGAUUCAAGAGUCAGCGAAUUUGAAAGAAAACAAAAGCUGGAAGAAUUUCUCAACAAGAUAGAGAAUAAGACAUUCACAAAAAUGAAGAACGGCCAUGUCUUCACGAAGCAGGAUCUACGGAUCAAAGAGAGGGUGCUGCUGCACGAUGGUGUCCUCCUAUGGAAAACGGCCACUGGGAGAUUCAAAGAUAUUCAAGCUCUUCUUUUAUCCGACGUGCUACUGUUUCUCCAAGAAAAGGAUCAAAAAUAUAUAUUUGCUGCUGUGGAUCAGAAACCACCCAUCAUUUCUCUCCAAAAGUUGAUUGUGAGAGAAGUGGCUAACGAGGAGCGAGGGAUGUUCUUAAUAAGCGCAUCCUCCGCUGGGCCAGAAAUGUAUGAAAUUCAUACCAACUCCAAAGAUGAGCGGAAUACGUGGAUGAGGCAGAUACAGGUCGCUGUACAGAGUUGUCCUGAAGAAGAAGAAGAAGAAAGGAAACCCUGUGAAUCUGAUGAAGAUAAACGGGCUGCUGAAGCACGAGCAGCCAAAGCCCAAAAAUUUCAAGAAAUUCUGGGUUGCCAUGACCAGCAGAUUUUCAAUUGCUUGGAAGAUAAGUUGCAGAUAUUUGGAGAACUUGCAGCAAUGUGUGGAGGGAGCAAUAUGCACAUAGAGCCACAUCUUUUAGUUAAAGCGGAUUCUGGGGAGAUCCCACAGGCUGCAUCGUUGCUGGCGGCUGCACUGAAAGAAGCUGAAAGCCUCUAUGCUACGUUAACAACAGAAAUGGAGAAUUCAGCAUGGUCAUCGGAAGAUGGCGAGACACCAGGCAGACAUAUGGGCUGGUCCAGUAGUGAGCCAUUGGAGGAAGGUCAUGAAUUUCAAGAGACUUCCCUAACUCCUGACGUGAGAGAGGAAGACUCAUUUAAUACAGAACUUUGUUCUUCUCAAGUAACGAGUGAUAUAGACAUGGCUUUUAAUGAAGAUAAGGUUGAAUUAGAAAAUUCCUCAGGAUAUAAGCAGGCGGAGGUCUUGCAGGCCGUUCAAAACCUGACCCGUCUCAUGUACAGUAUACAGGCUGUUGUAACGCUUCAGGAUACCCAAAUAGAACUUAAUAAAGCCCUGCUCCAGGAUCACGAGGCCGGCAUCAAGGGUUUACCGCAACGGAGCCUAGAAAAACACAGCGGAGAGAUAGCCAAUUUUGAGAAACUGCAGCACCAACUUCAGCAUGAAAAGCGUCGCUGGGUGCGUGAGUGCAACCAGAAGGAUCGGGAGUAUGAGGAGAUGGAGAACCUGCUCCAGCAGAGGCAGAAAGAGUGUGAGAAUCAGGAGUAUGUCCUGGAAGAAGAAAGGGAGGAGCUCAGCUGCAAGCUUCAGGAGUACCAGCAGAACAUGGAGAGGCUGAAUGAAGGACAGAGGAUUGUGGAGAAUAAGAGGCAGCAGCUCUGUCACAAACUCCUCAGUCACACGCGUCAGAACAGCAUGCCAGUACUGAUUGCACGCACAAAAGCACAGGGUGUAAGAAACUCCCAGCAUGACAGUUUACAAAACGAAGACUCCAACUAUAUUAACAACGCCCUGGCUCAGAUGUCGCUCAGCAGCAUGACCGCGCUCCCAGACUCGCAUCCACAUGUGGAUAAUACCUUGGACUUAGCAGAGACUUCUGAGAACAGCUCUGUGGACAUCUCUAGUGAACCUUGGAGCACCUUAAUUUCCCGGCAGCAGAGGCUCGAGAAUUCCUCCCGACACAACAAUAAAGACGCCUGUAAUAAUGAUAUCAACGCGGCUCAUGUCAUUUUCUGUGGAACACUGCUGGCAUCGACUGGGCAUAAUACACACACAGGGACCCAUCAAUCCCCGCAGACCUCAGAAGCCAUGAAAACACUCCAUGAUGACCCAACGACGUGUGUAGAAAAUGGACUAGUGGAAGAGACUAUAGUUUACCUCUGACUGUGGAGCAGGCCAGAUUUCCAUUUGCUGGUGGAACCAGCAAAUCAUGGUCUCUACAAUGAGAUUGCACAUAUUGUAAAUGUAAAUGCCUUUAAGCAUAAGAUUUGCCAUUGAUUGGCAAUAAUAUAGAGAAUUGCACUCGGAUACAAAUAUCCAUUGUGGUGAUAUCUGCUGUCAUAGUGACUGAAGUAAUCCCAGAGCAAUAAGCUGUGUGGCCCACUACUACUGUCUCUAAGAUGCAUUGCUCAUGUCACUGCAGUAGAAGCGUUCUGUGUCCACGGGGUCUGCUUGUUACUAGAAUAUAUCCAGAAUAUAGUAUUUCUAGAAGAAUCUUAUGGUUUAUUCAAUGGACUUGCAAACAAAUUGCCUUCUGGUUCCCAUCACUGAUAGACAGUGUAACUUGUAACACUGCAGAACUCAUUUGUACAUACCCUUGAAGUGUUAAGGGGUUAGCUUUUUUUUUUUCUUUGUGGAAAACCGCUAAGUUAUUGUAUUUUUUUUAUAUAUAGAAAAUGACUGUUGAUGGCACCUUUACAAUUGAUACACCACACAGAAUAUAAUACAUGCCAAAUAACCGUAAUGUCAGUGAAUGCAACAUUCUGAUAUACUUGUGUAAAUAUAAAGCUGUGUUCACCCCACUUUAGUGGUCUAUGUUCGGUGUAUGUAUCGCCGAACGUAUACAUAGGACUCCUUUCAUUAGGCGUAUUACUUGGUUUUUGCUGUAUAGAAUAGCAUAGUAGACUCUUAUUCUAUGCAGAGGGAUACAGAAUAUAACAUAUACUGCACUGUAUACAUUAUUUUUUAUUUUUUUUACAAUGGGAACCUAUUGGUGACCUGUCCCACGGUAUGUCUAUACUGUGGCAUAUGUUGCCGCCUAAUACAUUAUGCUGCCAGUCACUAUCAAGGCAGAAAUUUGUCGCCCACUGACAGAACUCAUUUUGACCAUAGUUAUUAAAAUUUUAUUUUCUAACAAACUAAAGUCUUUGGGACUCGAGAGACGCUCACAGGAGGAAAUUCUCUGGUCCAGUUCUGUUCUCACAGGAGAUGAGCAGCCCUUGAUUUGAAUGGCAUCUGCCUUUUUUUCCUGCUCCACUAAAACGACAUGCAUGCUCGGCCUAACUGUGCGUUAGGGCAGUCUGACAGCUGUGAACUGGCCGGUCUUCACUAGUCAAUUCUCUGGAAUUUGUUCUGAGGGACAUUUGCUGAAAAGUGGAGUCAUUUUCUGUACUAACUUAUCAGAGUGAAAUGUUUCUAAAGUUAGAAAAGCAAAACACUGACAAUGGCUUUGCUUUAGUCUGUACUUACCGAUUUUGCUAGUUCUUUCCCAUGUUCCCUGCCUGCCUAUGCGUUAAUGUCGUUGUCUGUGACUGCAUUAUAUGGUGGUUUCCAGAGAUAACAGACCAAUAUUUGUAAAGUACUCCACAACUGGGGGAAAAAAACUUAUAGGGAUUUUCAUUUUCUAACACCCUAAAAUGUAAAAAUAAUAGACCUCAAUAUAAUCCCUUAUUAGAUUUUCCCCUUAUCAGCACUGCCAUUUUCUUUGGUCCCCCGCCACCCCUCAUCUAUGAUAAAACAUAUUAGGGCGGGUUCGCAUCAGCGUUAGGUAAUUCAGUUAUAGUGUUCCAUUAUAACAGGGUUAUGACGGAAUGCAAAAUUAAAAAAAAAGUCCUGUCCGUUAUUUGUGCCCAUAGAAAUGUAUUAGGACGGAGCAAAACGGAAUGCCUCUUAAAGGGUUCCAUUUUGCAUUCCGUCCUAAAAUUCUGUCAUAUUCCGUCCUAACCCUGUUGUAAUGGAACACUAGAACGGAAUUACCUAAUGCCCCCACAACACAUUAGGUGGUCAUGUGUCAUCAUGCCGCAUUGUCAGCAGGGGACUGAGGCGACCAGCAGCCCGGGAAUGGCAAGAAUUUGGAGAGAGAGUAUAAUAUAAGUAUUGCAUUUUAGGAUAUUAGAAAAAAUAAAAUAAAUAUAUAUAUAUAUAUAUAUAUAUAUAUAUAUAUAUAUAUAAUUAUUUUUUUUAACUGGGGACAUAUCAGUGCUCUGUGCGAAUACAUGAGUAGUGUAAAGCUGGAUGGAGCACAUCUGUUCUUUUUCAUGAUGAAGAUUAGAUUUCAGUGAACACCUGGCUCUAAAAAUACAUCGACUCAAGUUUUUCUGUGUUUAAAAGGUUCGGCUAACACUGUCCAGUCAUCACUUGUCAGCUGUUAAUACAGGAGUCUUUAAUACAGAAUGCACAUAUCCCCUGAAAGACGUGAGCAAAAUUGGGUUGGAAAGGCAGAUUUUUCUGUCUGGAGCAACACAAGCCAGUAGUCAUCAGGCUGAAUGUACAAGAGGGGCUGAUGAGGCACAUAAGGCGAGCUACGUACUGGGGUAAAACAUGAAUGCAUGUACAGAUAACGCUUUCCUUCUAAUCUCUCUAAAUGUUGAACCCAUUGUUCAUGUUUUUUUUUUUUUAUUAUGUCAUGAGGAACGUUACUAGACAAGUUUUCAAAAAGUCCAUGAUUUUGUCUAAUUUCAGCAUUUAUAACCUUUGCAGCAUCCACUUUGUGCAUAAGUCUUCGUUCACAUCCGCAUCGGGCAAUAAUUUCUUCUGUUACAUCAUAAAUGCAUGCCAAAGACCCCAAUGCUGCCCUGCGGAUCCCAUUGACUUUAAUAGGGUCCAGGUUUCCCUCAUGAUGUCUGUAGUUUUACGGGACAAAAUAGUGCAUGCUGCAGUACUUUUCUGCAAAUAUGACUGAGGCUUGGAAUGGAGCCUCCACCGCAGCUAUGAACAAAGCCUGAGCUGAAAUUAAUGUUACCACUAGAGUAAAAAAAAUGUUCGAAACAAAAACACAUUCAAGCCGAUCCCUUACCCUCUUCUUAAAUUGUUAAGUAGCAAUAUUCCAUAGAUAGAUAUGUGGCUAACACUUGUCUAAAUUAUUUAUUACAGAGUAUCUGUAAACUAGGGUUUUCUCAAAUACCAUUGACCAACAUCUUACAUCUGCCAUUGUAAGACUGCUGCAGUAAUAUGCUCUGUUAGUAAAAGGUGGGGAAAAAAAUAAUUGUUCCAUGGAAAAAAUUAACAAACUUUUCAAGUAAUUUUCAUUAUUUUACAUCUACAGCUGCUAUGCAGCCCCAUGUAUCACUAUGGUAACAGACUACAAACAAACCUUGUGCAGUCUGACCUUCAGGUCACACUCCAUGUACGCUGGGAAGAGAACGCCAGAUCACACUGCACAGGUUGUAGUCUGUUUUCAUGCAGAUGCACAGCAUCAGUGUAUUUUAUUAAGAGCUAUAGUUUGUCUGCAUCCGAUCUGUAUUGUUUGUGGAUCGGAUACAGACCCAUUCAUUACAAUAGGACCGCAUCCGCACGUUUGUUCUGCGGCCCUCAGCAAAAAAAAUAGAACAUGUCCUAUUCUUGCCCAUUUUGCGUACAAGGAUAGGACAUUUCUACAGCGUUAAAAAAAUUAAUGGUGGCAUGCAUUCAGCCGGGAUUUUGGCGGAUUGGCGAUUUGCAGACCGUAAAACACUUACGGCCGUGUGCACGAGUCCUAAGAAGCAGAGAAUAGAUGGAAGUGAGGGUUACUUUAGGGUCAGACUGCACAGGGUUUGUUUGCAGCCUGCUACCAUACAGACACAGGUAUGCAAAAGAGCUGUGGACCCAAAACAAUUACCGUAGUAGUUUGUAACGAAUAUAUGGAAAGUUGCAAACAAUUCUACAAUAACCGCUGUGAAGGUGGAUCUGGCCUAUAAUUAGAUUAUAAGUGGAUUUUCGUACUGCACACAGACACCUUAUCAUUACUCUAUCUACUGUACUUACCUGAAUGUUCUUCUCCGUAGUGAAAAUGGCGGCUGACUAUCUGACACUAUUACUGGUGUGCCAACACCACGGAAAUAUAGACUAAUCUAAUGAAGCUCAAAUUCUAAUUAAAUUCUUGUUAAAUGUUGAAACCUGUAUACGUUGGCAUUUCUUUUAAUAUUAUAACACUAUUUGGGACUGGCAUUGUCAGCUCAUCCUAUACCUCCACGACUUACAUCUGCUGGAAACCCUAGAAAAGGUGACAUUGGCCAUAGCAAGCUAUUAAGAGUUAUACAGGGUUGGGAAAACAUGGCUGCUCUCUUUCAAAAUAUGUGCCACAGGCUUUAUGGCAUUUUAGCUCCAUAAUGGUCACACACAACACAUGGAUGGGUGCGGCAGCAUUUUUUAAAGAAAGCACCCGUGUAUUUCUAAUCCAGUACAACCCCUUUAGGUUCUAGAUGAUAUUUUCCUGUUCUUUUCGCCACACGAGACACUUUUCUUUUUAAUAUGGACCACAAAUACAAUACAUCUGAUACAAAAUACUGGUUCAUUUCUUUACUUGCCCUGACUCAGUUACUGCCUGCAAGUUUUGUUUGACCUUUGAAUAAAUCUUUCUUGCAGAGAUCUGUACAUAUAUAAAGUCGCCAUGAAUGCUGGAUUUUCGCUAUAUACAAUAUACAAAUGUCUAUGUAAUGCUGGAGAUUAUAUGCAAGAAUUGCACUACAUCCUAGUGUCAUCCUCUGAUUUUCCAUCUUUUGUAUAGUUAAACUAUGUGCCGAAUAUAUGUUCCUUGUAAUGUUUUGGUAAAUGUACAAUACUAUUUAUAUCAAAAUGUU